UCUCUCUCCCACUCCCCCAUUACGUCUCUUGCUCAGACCCUGUGCUGUGCGUGUGUGAGAGAGAUUCUCGUCUUCCACUUUCACCCCCCAAAUAUCGUGUGCGCCUUUUUUUUUUGCUGCUCAUGUUGGUUUUGUGCGGGAGGAGGGGGUUAUGCCAGCGGCCGCGCGGGGAUCAAAACCCUAGAGGAGGCGGCCUUCUGAUGCGAAGCUAGGGGGCGCAGCCCGGCUGCUUUGAGUAAGCGAGGUUUUAUAGAGGCGUAAAAGUGAAACAAGGACCUUCCAGUUGAUACCAGAUAUGGCUGAGAUUGCUGAUGAAGAUAGUUCCACCGGCAUUGAUUUGAUUUGUGCCUUGUGUGAUAAUGGUGGUGAAAUCGCAAGCUGUGAAGGCAAGUGCCUGCGGUCAUUUCAUGCAACAAAAGAUGCUAGUGAAGACUGCAAAACAUUGGGCUAUACUAGGAAUCAGUUUGAUGCGAUGAAAGUUUUUCUGUGCAAGAAUUGUGAACAUGAAAGAUAUCAAUGUUUUGCCUGUCACAGGUUGAGUUCAGCGAAAACAGAUCCUCCUGAGCUAUUCCCUUGUGCUUCAGCAAGUUGUGGGCACUUUUAUCAUGCUAAAUGUGUUGCACAAUUGCUCUUCCCUGAAAAUGAAGCAAAAGCAACUGAGUACACGACAAGGAUAAUCAAUGGGGCGAAAUUUGCAUGCCCAGUCCACAAAUGUGAUGUUUGUAAAUAUGGUGAAAACAAGGAGGUUAAGGAGCUGCAAUUUGCUGUUUGCCGACGGUGCCCAAAGUCAUAUCAUCGAAGAUGUCUGCCAAGGAAAAUCGUCUUUGAUGACGUAAUUGAGAAUGGUGUGUGCCUUUUCCAAAGGGCAUGGGACGGUCUUCUGCCAAAGAAUCGCAUCUUAAUAUAUUGCCUCAAGCACAAUAUUGAUCCAAACCUUCGAACUCCUCUAAGAGAUCAUAUUAAGUUUCCUGAUGAUCCUAUCACUAAAAAAUCAUCCAAUGUGAAUGGAUUGAGAAGGGUUAAGAUACGAUGCCUUGAUGACUGCCUCCCUGUCCCAUCAUCCAGUAGCAAAAGACCCCUCGGUACAUCAACUUGUUCUUCCUCCAUCAAUUCGAUAGCGAAAAGGAAGAAAGAACAUCUGCCUGGAGGUACAAAACAUCCCAGUAUGCAAAAAUCAGUCAUGUCAGUGAUCCCCAUUAGCACAUUCCCUGAGGUUGACAUAAACACGGCGACGAGGAUUUAUGACUUUGCACAGAAAGCAUCAUCAAAUAUAACUAUUGAGGAUGUACAGAAACAGCUAGUUGUUUCGUCUACGUACACAUCAUUUAUGAAGAAUACUGAUAAAGUUACAUUGGGGAAGGUGGAAAGAUCUGUCGAGGCUGUUAAGACUGCGGUUCAUAUGUUAGAAAGUGGUGCGGAUAUAGAAGAGGCCAAAGAUGUAUGCUCACCAUAUGACCUUUUCCAACUUGCAAAAUGGAAGAACAAACUGAAUAUAUAUCUUGCCCCGUUUCUUCAUGGCACGCGCUAUACAUCUUAUGGUCGGCAUUUUACAAAACUGGACAAGCUCGAGAAGAUUGUAGAUAAGUUACAAUGGUAUGUUCAAAGUGGUGAUAUGGUCGUUGACUUCUGCUGUGGUUCAAAUGAUUUUAGCACAUUAUUGAAGGAAAAGCUCGAAGCUUCUGAAAAGAAUUGCUUCUAUAAAAACUAUGAUCUCAUCCAGCCAAAGAAUGAUUUCAAUUUUGAGAGGCGAGACUGGAUGACUGUUCAACCAGAUGAAUUGCCUGCCGGAUCCCGAUUGAUCAUGGGGCUGAACCCUCCUUUUGGGUUUAAAGCUUCGCUUGCAAACCAGUUCAUCAACAAAGCCCUAAGUUUCAAGCCAAAGCUGAUAAUUCUUAUUGUUCCCAAGGAAACAGAACGGUUGGAUAAAAAAUACCCACCUUAUGAGCUAAUAUGGGAGGAUUCUAAUCAGCUCGCAGGAAAGUCGUUCUAUUUGCCUGGAUCGUUUGAUGCUGAUAAUAAGCAGAUGGAUCAGUGGAAUCUAUCACCUCCUCCUCUUUCUCUAUGGAGCCGUAGUGAUUUUGCUCAGAAACAUAAUGAGAUUGCUAAAUCAAAGGGGCACCUCUGCAGCAGAAGACCGUGCUAUAAUGAUUCACAAAGGGACAUCGCAGGCAAUGCAUAUAUGAGCACCAGUGGCGAUUUGGAAAUGGGCAGUGAGGGUGAGGCGUGCAUCCCUGACGAAGAAAUGCAAGGAGAGCGACAAGCAGAAGCCUCCGUGAUAGACCAGUUGUUGGCUGACACAUACCAUGAUACCACUAGUUCUCCAGGUGACUACUGGACUGAUACCAACGGCCGAUCAGGGCAACCUCGCAACUAUGAUACUCCAGGUGGAAAUGACCCUCCAACCCAUGAGUAUUUUGCAGUCAGGGCAGCUGAAUCUGACAUGAGCAUUUCGUUGUCAGGCAGAAGUGCUUCUCGGAAUCAAAACCAAACUGUGUCAACCUCUGAUCAUGAGCCUACCAACGAUCAUAUUGCAAGUGUAUCUGCCAAGCAACCAACCGAUCCUGCUGAUUGUGACGAGGUAACAUCAGCUGAUGCCCAGCAUGGGCUGGGAGACCCACCGUCUGCACCAGAAAAUGCAGCUGGAGUUCAAUACCGAAUCCUGGAAGACUCCCCACCUGAGGAAGGACAGCGAAUCCUGGAAGACUCCCCACCUGAGGAAGGACAGCUGACACCUGAGGAUGCACAGCUGAAUGAUUUGUCGUCUACAGAUGGAAAUGCAGCUGUUGUGCAGAUGCUGGAGGAGUCGCCACUUGAAGCGGAUGCUCCAGUGGCUGCAGCGAAUCUGCCACUAGCGCAUACCUUCCCGGGGCUGCAGUUUGCAAGCGCUCCCACGUGGCCUGGAUGCUACGCCGCUCGUGAAGUUCUGUUCCGAGGCAUGGGCUACCCGACCUUCCAUCAGGGAGCCUCCUACAAUUUGCUUGAGAAGUAACACUAACCAAGCAAGCAAAGUCGAUGCCAUCUUUUGUUAGCAAUGACCGGUUGACUUUCUUGCUUUAACCUGGCCAGGACGUCGAGAAAGAAAGGGAAACCAGCGCCUCUUGUCAUGUGUGUAAGUGGAAGAAGACACCAAGUAGCUGCUUAUGUUCCUCGGCUUAUCUUAGGGCCUCUUUGAUUCAUAGGAUUGCAAAAACAUAGGAAUAGGGAAAGCGUAGGAUUGGAAUGGCAUGUCCAUUAUCCCUAUGGGAUUUGAGUUUGUUUGAUUGUGCCACGAGAAAAACAAAGGAUUUCUUCCAAGAGGUUGGAGUGGAUGUUAAAAUUCCUGUGAAAUGUAGUACAAAUGAAUCCUUGGGAAAAAUCCUACAGGAUUCAAUCCUACGAAUCAAACGAUCAACUUAGGAAAAAUUCCUAAGGAUUCUAAUCCUUCAAAGAUCCUAUGAAAACCCUUUGAAUCAAAGAGACCCUUACAGGUGUGAGCUUGUUUAUCUUCUGCGGCCAGCUUUAAAGUGCUGAGGUUGUGUGUGCACCUGCACUAAUUUUGAACUAAAACUGUAUCAAGAGUCAUUGUGAUGAUGCUUGUUGA